CCAAAAAGGCGAACCAAACCAACAGAACAGACCAAUCAUGAAGUGCAUGGUAGCUGCAGUCAUCUUGGCUCUGGCCUUCGUCGCUUCGGAAGCUGGAGUUCUGCCACUCGGAGGCUGGCCAUAUGCCCACUGGGGGGCACCAACUGUGAUACAAUCGAACGUACUGGCCCAUCCCUACGGAGCGCUGUCCCAUGCCGCCGUUCAUGCCGCCUACCCAGCGCUGCCAGCAGCCGUCGUUGCAGCUCCCGCAGUUCUUCCGCACGGACCCUGGGCUGGUCCAGUGCACGGCCCAGUACACGGUCCAGUUCACGGCCCAGGCUCCGUUGCGCACCACGCCGGAGUGGUUCCGGGUGCUACCUCCGUGACCGCCAACCGUGGUUCAGUGCAUGUGGCUCCCCUUCCGGGACAUGCCGUGUCCCAGCAGCAGCUUAAUCUGGCUCCGGCUCCGGGAACGAUUUAAGAGUACCACGGCAAACAACAGCAGGGACAACAGCAGCACACCUGACCUCAGCUAGUCACUGGAACCGAGAUAUCCAAUCAUCCCACCAAAAAAGGCGCCGAUGUCUUCAUCUCUCUCUCUCUUUCUUCCCAUCGUCUAUCAACUAUCGAUCCAAAAGCAAACUGUCGCAACUAGUUAAGAUCCUCUCGAUGCGUGUACUUUCUGGCGAGU